UUUGUUUUGCAAUAAUAUAACUUUGUGCCGAAUGUUAUAAGAUCAACCGUUGACCUAAGAUGUUCCGAGACAGCCCUCAUUCAGAAAGUGAAACAGAGCAAAGAGUCAUGAACGGUGUUACGGAUAUGAACAGCUCACAGCUUAUAAUCCACAAUGCGAUGAUCGUGACUAUGGAUAAGGAACUCCGUGUCUUUCUUAAUGGCGGAAUCGUUAUUAACAACGAUAGAAUCAUAGCCGUCGGUCAAUCCUCAGAUAUAAUCCGUCAAUUCUCUUCAAAUUCACAGGAAAUCAUCGAUCUCCAUGGCCAAUUUCUACUUCCUGGUUUGAUCAAUACACACGUUCAUACGUCUCAACAACUAGCUAGAGGGAUUGCUGAUGACGUCGAUUUGCUUACGUGGUUGCACCAUCGCAUUUGGCCAUAUGAAUCGAACAUGACUGAAGAAGAUUCAUACAUCUCCACUUUACUUUGUGGAAUCGAACUCAUUCACUCUGGUGUGACAUGCUUCGCAGAAGCAGGAGGACAACAUGUAUCAGGAAUGGCAAAGGCAGUAGAAUUACUAGGUUUGCGUGCAUGUUUGACAGAGUCAAUCAUGGAUUCUGGCGAUGGCUUACCAUCUUCAUGGGGUAUUAGGACUGCAGACGAAUGUAUUCAGUCCCAAAAGGAAUUGCAUAAGAAGCACCAUGAUACUGCUGAUGGACGCAUCAGAAUAUGGCUUGGGAUAAGACAGAUUAUGAAUUCAACUGAUGAUUUGCUCCUUCAAACAAGAGAUACAGCCAAACAACUGAAUACCGGAAUCCACAUGCAUGUUGCAGAGAUACCUUCUGAAAAUCAUGUUGUGAUGCAAACACGGGAAGUUGAUCAUGGAACAGUUACAUAUUUGGAAAAAAUAAACUUUUUGAGAAGCAAUUUGCUUGCAGCUCAUUCUGUUUGGGUGAAUGAAAAGGAGAUUGGAUUUCUUUCUAGUUGUGGGGUUAAGGUGUCCCACUGUCCUGCUGCUGCAAUGCGGAUGCUUGGAUUUGCGCCAAUUAGGGAAAUGCUUGAUGCCAACAUUUGUGUAUCAUUAGGAACAGACGGAGCACCAUCAAAUAAUAGAAUGAGCAUUGUUGACGAGAUGUAUAUAGCUUCUUUGAUCAACAAGGGAAGAGAAGUUUAUGCAACUGGCACUACAAACCCUACAAUUCUUCCAGCUGAAACACUUCUCAACAUGGCAACUAUAAAUGGUGCAAAAGCACUACUCUUGGAGAACGAUAUAGGAUCUCUUCAAGUUGGAAAAAAGGCUGAUAUGAUUGUAAUCAAUCCUUCCUCUUGGUCUAUGGUUCCAAUUCAUGACUGCAUUUCCAACCUUGUUUAUUGCUUGCGAACUGAAAAUAUCGUCUCUGUUAUGUGCAAUGGCCAUUGGAUCAUGAAGAAUCAGAAAAUCAUGAAUGUUGAUGAGGCUGAAAUUAUUUCAAUGGCAAAGAAUGCUGCUGCACAACUUUUGAAGAGGGCAGGAAUACAAAUUCCAAAAAGGAUGAAUUUCAUAUGAUCUAUAAAAACAAUUAUGUGGGUCUGUUUUUUCUUAUUGUUAACUGUUGGAUAAGUUAUGUAUAUGGUAAGUGUUGUAUAUAAAUAAAGCUUGUUUUUUAUUAGGCUAAUGUCAUAAAAACCCUCAAGUUUUCA